GGGAGUCGCAAAUCUAGAAUACCGACUCUCUCUCUCUCUUCUCGCUCCGUUGAUUUCACUCUCUCUCCGCCGAUUGCCAUGGCCUCCGCCGUCGGAUCCGCCGCCCUUUCCCUCCUUGCUCUGUACCUCGCCCUCCUUCUCCUCCUCUCGCCGGCCUCUGCCUCCGACUACGAUCACAAGUAUCAGCAGAAUGAACCGGUUACCCUUUGGGUAAAUAAGGUUGGACCUUACAAUAAUCCACAAGAAACGUACAAUUAUUAUAGUCUUCCAUUUUGUCGUCCUCCUGGCAAAGCUGUUCACAAAUGGAUUGGCCUUGGUGAGCUCCUGGGCGGAAAUGAGCUUAUUGAAAGCCAGAUUGAUAUAAAGUUUCAAAAAAAUGUGGACAAGGGUGUGAUAUGUCAACUUGAACUUGAUGAAGCAAAGGUCAAACAGUUCAAGGAUGCUAUUGAGAAUAAUUAUUGGUUGGAAUUCUUCGUGGAUGAUCUGCCUUUGUGGGGUUUUGUUGGUGAGCUGCAUCCUGAUAAAAACAGUGAUAACAAGCACGUGCUUUUCACACAUAAGAAUAUCAACAUUACAUACAACAAAAAUCAGAUUAUUCAUGUUAAUCUUUCUCAAGAGAACCCAAAACCGAUGGAAGCAGGAAGAACAUUAGACAUGACAUAUUCUGUUAAAUGGAUUCCUACUACUGUCACUUUUGCUCGUCGUUUUGAUGUUUAUCUGGAUUACCCUUUCUUUGAACACCAGAUUCAUUGGUUCUCCAUUUUUAAUUCUUUCAUGAUGGUUAUCUUCCUCACUGGUUUGGUGUCAAUGAUCUUAAUGCGAACCCUUAGAAAUGACUAUGCUAAAUAUGCUCGGGAAGAUGAUGAUCUGGAGACUCUGGAAAGAGAUGUGAGUGAAGAGUCUGGCUGGAAGCUUGUUCAUGGGGAUGUUUUCCGGCCUCCUCCCAAUUUAGUUCUACUUUCAGCUGUUGUUGGCACAGGUGCUCAGCUAGCGUUGCUUGUUCUCCUUGUCAUCUUAUUGGCAAUUGUUGCAAUGUUGUAUAUCGGGAGAGGAGCAAUUGUCACAACUUUUAUAGUAUGUUAUGCUCUGACAUCAUUCAUUUCGGGUUAUGUGAGUGGUGGGAUGUACUCACGCAAUGGUGGUAAAACCUGGAUUAAGUCGAUGAUUCUCACUGCAUCACUUUUUCCAUUUAUGUGCUUUGGGAUUGGGUUCUUGUUGAAUACAAUUGCUAUAUUCUAUGGGUCUUUAGCAGCUAUUCCCUUUGGAACUAUGGUAGUUGUUUUCUUCAUUUGGGCUUUCUUCUCUUUCCCUCUGGCACUACUUGGCACGGUUGUUGGUAGAAACUGGAGUGGUGCUCCAAAUAAUCCUUGUCGUGUGAAAACUAUUCCUCGUCCAAUCCCUGAGAAGAAAUGGUAUCUCACACCAUCUGUUGUCUCAAUGAUGGGAGGUCUGCUACCCUUUGGCAGCAUAUUUAUUGAGAUGUACUUUGUCUUCACAUCCUUCUGGAAUUACAAGGUGUAUUAUGUCUAUGGCUUUAUGCUACUGGUUUUCCUGAUUCUCAUAAUUGUCACUGUUUGUGUGACAAUAGUGGGAACAUACUUCUUGCUAAAUGCUGAGAACUAUCACUGGCAGUGGACUUCGUUCUUCUCAGCUGCUUCAACAGCUGUCUAUGUAUACUUGUAUUCUAUAUAUUACUACUAUGUGAAGACUAAGAUGUCAGGCUUCUUCCAAACCAGCUUCUACUUCGGAUACACCCUGAUGUUUUGCCUUGGUUUAGGAAUCCUCUGUGGAGCUGUUGGAUAUCUGGGCUCCACUUUGUUCGUCAGGAGGAUCUACAGAAACAUCAAGUGUGACUAGGUCACCUGGAGGACAAAUAGGGCUGAUAGUGCUUCCCUGAGCUUUUAGAUUGUUGAUUCAGAAAUAAAAAUUUGAGAGGAAGCCUCUGGUCAUCAACACUACGGUAAAAAACAAAAAUCACAGGGUUUAGGAUGGUGCUGUAUUUUUCUUUCUCAGGCUUGGGAAGCUCUGAGAAUUUUUUUUUUUCCUUCUCUUCCCCCCCACCCCCUCAAAAUGGAUGUUGUAUUUUUCUUCCUCAGGCUUGGGAAGCUCUGAGAAUUUUUCUUUCUUCUCUUCCCCCCACCCCCUCAAAAUGGAUGUAAGUGAAAGCCCGUCUUUACUCAAUUUAGAAUCCAGAGAUUGUUUCCAUAAUUUGGAAAGCUUAGCAUGAUGAUAAAAAAACUCACCUGUCAUUUAGAUAUCCUCUUUCCUCCCUCUACAAAUCAUGUAAGAACUAUUGCCUAAUUCCCCUCCUGUUUUGUCAUUUACACAUCUUUGGGACUACGUAUAUGGGGGGAAGGGGUUCGGAAGAAGUGAAUUUUGUGCUUGUGAACUAUGUGCAUACAACGAUUACUUCUAUCUAUAUCUCCAGUAUUUGAGUUUGCAAAACUUGAUUUCAUUUCGUUUCUCUUUCUAAUGCCCCUGCAAUCCUUUUCAUAAUAAUCAUGGUGUUUGCAACAAAGCAAUCAAUUCUCUCAUUCUAGAACUCUCUCCCAUUUUCUGGUUGAGCUAAUGUUUCAGGCAUCUUAUGAUUCUUCCUAUAAAACUUUAUGAGGUCACAAAUUGUAACAAGGAAGAUACUGGAUUGACAAGUCCCCGCUGGUGGAUAAUGAAAAAAGUCGCCUGUUUAGUUGUUUUGGGCGUUGUUGCUACACCAUAAUUGGACUUUGUGGUGCGGUUUAGGACAAAACCACGUCCAUAUGUAUUUUGUGUGGAAAGCAGCAAACGUUGAGGCUGAUGGGAACCAUUAGGCAUUUUUCAUUUUGUAAGUGAAUGGAAAUAUACGAAUGAAGCACCCAAGAAAAACCCAGCAUUCAGAAAAUAGGAGGCCACAUUUGAGUGAAGGAUUGUGGCCACCACAGUCACCCAAUAAACUGGUGAUUGUGAUAAAGAGAUAAAGUGCACCACACCGUUUUGCCACGUGGCAGAUAGGAUUCUAUGCAACCUUCUCUAUUUCUACUUCCCUUGGUAUAUUCUUCGCUAGUCUCUCCUCCACACACAAGCACAGAGACAACGCUGUUGCAUUAUCACAUCUAAGAGAGAAAUGGCAACACUUUCAGGCGCCAUGGUGAGCACCUCCUUCAUCCGGAGGCAGCCGGUGACGAGCCUCCGUGCUCUGCCGAAUGUGGGUCAGGCUCUGUUUGGGUUGAAAGCCGGGCGAGGGAGGGUAACAGCCAUGGCUGUUUACAAGGUGAAGCUGAUCACACCAGAGGGGGCGAAGGAGUUUGAGUGCCCAGAUGAUGUUUACGUUCUGGACCACGCGGAGGAGAUUGGUAUUGAUCUGCCCUACUCGUGCCGUGCUGGGUCUUGCUCCUCCUGCGCCGGGAGGGUGGUGGAAGGCACUGUGGAUCAGUCUGACGGGAGCUUCCUUGAGGAUGAGCAGAUGGAGGAAGGAUGGGUUCUGACUUGUGUUGCUUAUCCUCAGUCCGAUCUUGUGAUUGAGACCCACAAGGAGGAGGAGCUCACUGCUUAAGAGCAGUUCACAUAUGUUCUCCCUCCCUCUCUUUCUGUCUCCUCCUCUGUUUUGUUGCCUGGAUUAGCUUAAUUUCAGAGCUUAUGAUUGUUGUAUUUCUGAACUUUGUAAUUGUAAUGUUUCUUUUUGGCUCAUUUUAGUCAUAAAUGAGAUUAUAUCGGGUUUGGCUGCCAAA